AUGGGGAGCUCCUGCACCAAGUUCAGAUGACCAAGCUCUUCCAAGACGACAAGCAGUUUGUGGAUAUGUCACUGGCCACAUCUCCAGACGAAGUGCUGCAGAGCUUCAGCAAGCUGGCCAUGGCGCACAACCACAGCAUCCCCAGGCAGCAGCUUCAGGAGUUUGUCCAGUGGCACUUCCAGCCUGUGGGGGAGGAGCUGCAGCCCUGGAUCCCUGAGGACUGGAAGGACAGGCCUCAGUUCCUGCAGAAGAUCUCAGAUACCAAGCUGCGUGUCUGGGCGGAAGAGCUACACCAGAUCUGGAAAAAACUGGGAAAGAAGGGACUCCUACUGGGUGAUAGAAGGACUGCUUCUCUCUGAGAUGGCCUCAACAGUGAAGGGCAUGCUGCAGAACUUUCUGGAUCUGGUGAAGACUUAUGGACAUAUCCCCAAUGGUGGGCGUGUGUAUUACCUGCAGCGGAGCCACCCCCCACUCCUGACCCUCAUGAUGGAUCGAUACGUGGCUCACACCAAGGAUGUCACCUUUCUUCAGGAGAACAUUGAGACCCUAGCCUUGGAACUGGGCUUCUGGGAUGUGAACAGGACCGUCUCCGUGAGCUCAGGAGGACAAAGCUAUUUAUUGAAUCGCUACUAUGUUCCUUAUGGAGGACCCAGGCCAGAAUCCUACAGCAAAGAUGCAGAAUUGGCAAACACCAUACCAGAAGGGGACCAGGAGGCGCUGUGGGCUGAGCUCAAGGCUGGGGCUGAGUCUGGCUGGGAUUUCUCUUCACGCUGGCUUGUCGGAGGCUCAAAGCCUGAGUCCCUUAGCAGCAUCCGAACCAGCAAAAUGGUACCCGUGGAUCUGAAUGCUUUCCUGUGCCAGGCAGAGGAACUGCUGAGUAACUUCUUCUCCAGAGUAGGGAAUGACACCGAGGCCACGAAAUACAGGAACUUACGGGCCCAGCGCUUGGCUGCCAUGGAGGCCAUCCUGUGGGACGAACAGAAGGGUGCCUGGUUCGACUACGACUUGGAAAAGGGGAAGAAGAACCUGGAGUUUUAUCCCUCCAACCUCACCCCACUCUGGGCUGGCUGCUUCUCAGACCCCAGUGUUGCUGACAAGGCUCUCAAGUACUUGGAGGACAGCAAGAUCUUGACUUACCAGCAUGGGAUCCCGACCUCUCUUCGAAACACAGGCCAGCAGUGGGACUUCCCCAAUGCCUGGGCCCCCCUGCAGGACCUGGUCAUCAGAGGUUUGGCCAAGUCAGCUUCUCCCCGGACUCAGGAGGUAGCUUUCCAGCUGGCCCAGAACUGGAUCAAAACCAACUUCAAAGUCUACUCCGAAAAGUCAGCCAUGUAUGAGAAGUAUGACAUCACCAACGGUGGACAUCCAGGUGGAGGAGGGGAGUAUGAAGUUCAGGAAGGAUUUGGCUGGACCAAUGGACUGGCCCUGAUGAUCCUGGACCGCUAUGGUGACCGGCUGACUUCAGGGACCCAGUUAGCUUCCCUGGGACCCCACUGCCUAGUGGCUGGCCUUCUUCUCAGCCUUCUGCUACAGUAA